GAAUUUAGACCAAUACCAGAGCCUUUCUGUAGACGGGCUCUGUCAAUGCUGCUAGGCAACACUACAACGACAGGAUGAAAACCAAAGACUUACGUUCAUCUGGCACAUAUGUGUCUUUGGCUACGUCCUGUGAUAAAAAUUAUCCACCAGAACACAUUAUUGACGGGAAUGGAGAAACCUUUUGGAUGUCCACGGGGAUGUUUCCACAGGCUUUUACCAUCAGCUUCCCUUCCCCAACGGAAAUAGCUGACAUCUCGUUACAAAGCUACAACGUUAAAGGCCUCAAAAUAGAGAAGUGUAUUUCAGAAGAGGUGGGAACAUUUGAAACACUUGCAGAGAGAGAACUGGAGCACACGGAGGAGCUUCUUCAGGCCCUUAAAAUCUCUCUCAACACAAGUACAACACUAUUGCGGUUCACCAUAACCUCAGGCUACGAUCACUUUGUUUCAGUCAAUGAAGUACAUAUGAGUAGUUAAAUUAUUGUUUGUGUGUGUACUUUGUUAGAUACGAACGACUGGGGCAACAAAGAAUUUCCUACUUUUUCUGUCUGGUUGUUACAAACUAAAUAAAAUAUUUUCAACUGUC